GCGGGAAUAAGGAAAAUUUCUCCAAAUUUCCCCUUUAAAUUCUUUCAUAUAGCUUAGUUUGUUUCUCCAAUUCCACCAUUCAUCUUGUGCGAUUGUUUUCUCCUCCGUCUUCGAUUUUCAGAGAUGAAGAUAGUUGCAGCGUAUUUGUUGGCUGUUUUGGGCGGAAACACUCACCCUUCCGUUGAGGAUAUCAACGCCAUUCUCGGCUCUGUUGGAAUAGAGGUUGAAGAUGAAAGAAUAGAGUUGCUUCUUUCCCAAGUUAAGGGCAGAGAUUUAGCAGAGGUCAUAGCCAGUGGAAGGGAGAAGAUGGCAUCAAUCUCUUCUGUUGGUUCUGCUAUUCCUGUAGCUGCCGGCGGCGGUGGUGCUGCUUCUGCUGCUGUGGCUGCCGAGCCUGUGAAAGAGGACAAGAAAGAAGAUGAAGAAGAGUCGGAGGAUGAGAUGUGCUUCAGUCUCUUUGAUUAACCAGAUUUUGCAACCCUCCCUUACACAGUACUCGGAUUCAUUCAAACUGCUAUCUAGAGACCUGGAUUUUUGGUUACUUAAUUAUGAUAUAGGAUGAACUAUUAUGACCAGUUAUAGUUAUAGACCCAUUUAGUUUUAUGUGAAUUUAUCAAUUCCUGGCUAGUUUAUGUCUCUUGUAUGGCAUGUUCUUCAGCAUUUCUAUAAAAUAUUUCCAAGUUUUGAAGUGUUUUGUCCG